GUUCGCGACAGUCGAGAGCGCGUUUGCGGUAGCAUCAUGGAAGCAAAUGGUGUGAGUUUUGAGAGCGCAAACAGCAUUAAAUCAAGAAAAGAGUCCAAAAGGGAAGCAAGAGAACAAGUACUACAACAGGCUAAGCAAAAGUAUGAGGAAGAGGAGAGGAGGCGAGCGGAGAGGAAGGCCAGGGGUGAGGACACAUGGAUGCUGCCGGAGGUCGACCUGCGCCUGGAGCAGAUAGGAGAGGAGCACUCAGUGAAAAACAAGAAAAAGAAAAAAGAAAAGAAAGCCAAAAAGAGUAAGAAAGAAAAGAAAAAGAAGGCUAAGAAAGAGAAAAGAGAACCGGGAGAUGGAUCUUCUGACAGUUCUCAGGACUCUGGAGAGGAGUGGGUGGAAGCUCCGCCCCAAUCAGGAGGAGGAGGAGACAAACCGUGGAAGGUGGAGCCUGAGGCCACACCCACUGUCUCAACAAGUACUAAUCAAAGAGACGACUGGAUGACGUUUGACUUUCUGGCUAUGAAGACGACCUCUGUGGCAGAGAGACGUGCACAGAAAGAAGCAGAGAAAGAGGCUGAAAGACAGAAAGCGCAGGCCAUCGAGCAGGCUGGUCUUCACAAGUUGGAGUUGAACCCUUACUGGAAGGACGGAGGAAGCGGUCUGCCCCCACAGGACACCGCUGCUACUGCAGCUAAAAAAGCUGGAGUGGUGAAUGAUGGAGGGGUGAGCUGGCUCAGGAAGUCCUAUCAGAGGAUGAAAGAGCAGGCAGACAGGGAACAGCGCAGCCUGGAGAGCGUGGUGUCAGAGAGAUACGGGUCUAUGCAAGAGUUUCAAAAGCGACUGCAGGAAGCAGAAGAGGCGGCUUACGGAGAGAGACGAGAUGAAAGGAGGGGCGACCAAAAUGAGGGCAGAGAGCGAUGGAGAAGAGACAACAGAGACGAGGAGAGGCCGAGGUGGAGGAAAGAUGACCGAGAGGAGAGAUGGAGAGAGAGAUCUCCACGUGCUGAGAGAGACCGAGACCGCAGCAGAGAUCACAGUCGGGAGAGAGAGAGGAAACACUUCUCUGACCAAUCUACCAGUCUUAAGGCCAAGUUCCUCAAACCCUCAGGCAAUGAUGAGGACACGAGCACAAGGGCGGAGUUUAAGAGGGGAGGAGCGAUGAGCUCUACUUCCAAUCAGAGUGCAAGAUUCAAGAAACCCAUUGAUGAUGACAGUGGUGUUGUGGCUGCCUGGAGGAAGAGCAGCGCUGUGCGGGACUCAAAGGAGACACUAACCUCACAAAUAAACACGGAUAAUAGCGCCGCCCUGCUGGAGGAGAGCAAAACCACAAUUGCAGCAGAGAGCAGUUCAGAGAGUGAGGAAGAGGAGGAGGAGGUGGAGGUAGUCCUGACGGAGGAGGAGAUGAAUAAACUCGGAGCCAAACUGGUCAAGGCAGAAAUCAUGGGUAACACGGCCCUGGUAGAAAAACUGAAAGCUGAACUGGACGCUGCCCGUCGAGCAAAGGAGAACAGAGCUAAAAGGAUAGAGCAGACUGGACAGCCGUCUUCGCAACCAAAUGCAGAUAAGGAAGUGUUGCUGUUUAGAACCGACCAAUCAGGACGAGCGUGGCCGGUCAAUGCCCCGACGCAACCUCAGGAGCCGAGAGGAGGAAGAAGAAAGAGAAAAGCUAUCCAGACGCACCAGGAGGGAGAACGUGUACGUUAUUUUGAUGAUGACGAUGGUGUGGAUCUGCGUGAGAUGGUCAGACGAGAGAAGAUGAGCACUGCUGAAGAUCAGAACGCUCUCUACUCGCGGAUGGCUGGGAAGUUGAUGGGAAAAACCGAUGAUGAUAACUACACGCUAGAUGAUAUGUUUGUGUCGAGUGCGGCCCAGAAGGAACAUGCGGGUCGAGAUGAGGAGAGGCAGAGGAAUAAAGCCGUGCAGGAGACACGCCGCUUAGCCGGGCGCAUGGAGAAGUGCCCGCAUUGUUUCGACAGCCCUGAACUACCCAAACAUCUCAUCGUUGCAGUUGGAGCCAAGGUGUACUUGUGCCUACCAAACGGCGUGUCUCUCACUGAAGGUCACUGUCUGAUCGUCCCUGUCCAACAUCACACAGCGGCCACAAGUUUGGAUGAAGACGUAUGGAAUGAAAUACAGACGUUUCGUCGGGCUCUGGUCCGGGUGUUUGAGGCUCAAGAUUUGGACUGUGUGUUUUUUGAGACCCACAUGAACCCGAAGAGACAUUUUCACAUGGUGUACGAGUGCGUGCCCCUGCCCAAAGAGCUCGGAGACAUGGCACCUAUUUACUUUAAGAAAGCCAUCAUGGAAUCCGAUGAGGAGUGGGCCAUGAACAAGAAAGUUGUGGAUCUGUCAUCUAAAGACGUCAGACGAGCUGUUCCACGAGGUCUUCCCUACUUCGCCGUGGAUUUCGGAUUGCAAGGUGGCUUUGCUCACGUCAUUGAGAACGAGCAGAAAUUUCCACACUAUUUUGGCAAAGAAAUUCUGGGUGGAAUGCUCGACCUCGAGCCAAGACGAUGGAGAAAACCGAUACGUGAAAAUUUUGACGACCAGCGGAAGAAGGUUCUCGCGUUCGCUCAGUGGUGGAAACCGUUCGAUUGUACGAAGACCGACAGCUAGCCAAUCACACGGUGUGAUUUUACCAUACUGAUGCGUUCUGAAAUCUGAUUGGACACUUAUAAAGAGGUUCUCAGGUCUCCGUUGUUAUUUAAGUGACCCAUAAACGUUUAGUAUUUCAUCGGCCAUGUAUACAUCUAUAGAAACAUAAACAAAACAAAUCUAGUGACUAAACUAAAAGGUUUUGCUUCAGUUUUUUACUCAGUUGAAAUGGAAAUGUUGUAAAGUGCUUUUUUAUUAAAAAUUAAUAAUGGACAAAUUCA